AUGACCGACUUUAAGAUUACACACCGGUUUGCAUCAGUGGAGCACCCUCAGACAAAUGGACAAGCUGAAUCAGCUAACAAGGUGAUCAUCAACGGGCUAAAGAAAAGGUUGUUCGAUGCCAAAGGAAUUUGGGUGCAACAACUACACCUCGUCUUGUGGGGUUACAGAACAAGUGACCAAUCUGCCACAGAGGAAACUCCUUUCAAACUGACAUACGGGUGUGAAGCUAUGAUUCCAGUAGAGAUCGGAGAACCGUCCUGGAGAAGGGUACAAAGAUUACAGGGAAUUGAGGAACAGAACAGUGAAGCUCUUGAUGUAGAGCUCGACCUACUAGAUGAAAGCAGGGAGAACGCUAGAUAUAAGAAUAGGAUGGCAAAACGUCUGGUAACGACAAGGUUCAACAAGAAGGUCAAACCUCGGUCAUUCCAAAGCGGUGACCUAGUGCUAAGAAGAGCAGACAUUGGCAAUAAGAACGCCAGAGAUGGAAAGCUCGCAGCAAACUGGGAAGGCUCUUACAAAGUUAAGGAAAACUUGGGAAGAUGA